AUGCAGACUCGCAUGUGCUUCGACGAUGUCGCGUGGGAGCGGAGUGAGGCCGUCCAGGACGCUUGGGUACACGAACUAUUUAGUGAAGAGACUUUGAGAGCCAUCGGUGGAUUUAUCCUGAAACAUCGAAGAGGGGUGCCCGUUGAGCUCUGUGAUCCCAAAGCUGGGGCAUUCAACGUUUCCUUCAGAAUGAAAUUUGAGGAUGGCGGUUCUGCAAUCAUCCGAUUUCCCAAACCCGGGGCGACGAUGUUCCCCGAGGAGAAGGUGCGCAAUGAAGUCGCUACGAUGAGCGACGCUCUCAAUUCCCCUGGAUUUGCGAUCCAGGAUCGACCGAUCCUCGACCCAAACAUUGCUGACGCCAAGCUUGAACUCGUAUACGGACAAGUCGCGGAUAUUCUGCUCCAGUUGUCCACUCUACGGCUGCCUAAGAUAGGAUCACUGGUCCAGGUGGAUGAUUUCACCUGGGAGGUGGCACAAAGACCACUAUCUUACAACGCGAAUGAACUCGUCCGCUUAGGGACUCUCCCGCGCUCAAAGUUGCCAGGGAAGAACGAGACUUUUCCAUCAGCGUCAUCCUAUUUCAAUACGCUAGCAGAUCUCCACCUCCAGCAUCUUACACACCAACGGAACGAAGCUAUUAAUUCGGCGGAUGACGGUCGACGCAAAUAUAUGGCAAGAUUGCUAUUCAGUAAGCUCGCGCGGGACGGUCGAUUCACAUGCCCUUCCUCAAAUCCCGGGCCGUUUGACAUCUGGUGUGACGAUCUUCGGCCCUCCAAUGUUUUGAUCAACGAACACCUCGAGAUCCUGCUUCUCGAGCAACCGGAAUACUGGCCGGAUGGCCUAAAGGCGUGGAUUGAAGUGUAUGAGUCACGUCCUCAAACGUUCUUGAAGGUGCUGCGCAAGCAGGAGGACGUGGCCAUAGACUGUGGCAGACUGAAAAAUGAACAAAGACUUUCCGGGCCGAUGCAACAGAGCUGGGAGAGCGGUGAUUUUUGGGUCACCUAUGCAGCGAGGAAAAACUUCGCGUUCGACGCUGUGUUCUGGAAAAAGCUUGACGGCCGAUUCUUUGGACCCGGAACAAGGACUGAAGAAGACCGUUGGAAAGAGCGAAUCGAUCUUCUCACCAAAGACGAAAGAGCAGACAUGGAAACAAUAGUUGAGAGGAAACUGCAAGACAUGAGAACUAGGGCUCUAGCCUGGGGGCCUGAUGAGGUGGACCUGAAGACCGUGAGCUAG